AUGGGAGACAAUCUUUUUCUCGCUAUGCUUGCCAUGCUUCUAGCUUUGAUUGAUUUGCCUGAACAAGCCUAUAUCUGCAGCUACAGCUACCUCCGAAUAACUGCAAUGAUCAACAUUGCCCUGUCAAGAAAUAUCCGCCAUGUGAAAACGUCCUUUAGCUCGUCACUCCUUUCAUACCAGUUAAGAGAGGCAUCUUCUGUCAAUACUGCAAUUGCACGAGGACUUCGAAAGUCCAAGGGGGUCGGCUUCAGGGAAAGAGAUGGCGGUUCUGAAAAGAAGGGGUAUGGUUCCCGAGACAAGAACGAAGGCGGCGUCGUGCGCCGCACUGCCGAGCCAAAGGGUUUCCAACCUCGUCAACCACAGAUGAGCCGUGAGGGAUGGCCAGGCAAGCCAGACAGGAAAGAUGCUCGACGAAGCUUCACAGACACAGAAGUACGGAUAUACAAGGGGGUCAAGCCCGUCAGAACCGAUGCACAGCUGGCGCGCAAGAAGCCCAAUCCAGAUGGCUCAUCUCGUAAUGGCGGUUACAAGUCUGACAGACACGAAAGGAUGCGGAACAUGUUCGAUGCUGAACAUGAGAGCCGUCCGAAGGAGAAAGCGUGGGAUCGGCCAAAGUCCCAGGGGACGCGGGGCUUCGAUGGAGGAUCAUCACGGAGACCCCAAUUUGGCGCAAGAGGAAGAGAUUCCGACUCAUCAUUCAGGGAUCGUGGCAGCAAGAAAUUCUCAAAUGUAGACUCUGAUGGAUCCAGCAAUCGACCUGAUUCGAGGAUCACAUACCCUUCAUUAUCUUUUCACAACCCCAAAUCCGAGAAGUACCAACAGGGGUCGGACUUUACAAACCGAAGCGCUGAUAGGCAGAAAGAAUCGAAACCUGGACAGGAAUAUCAUGGUAGGGAGCGAGAGUCCCGUUUUACGAACCGAAGCCCCGAGUCAAAGAAUGGAGCCCCGGUCUCUGCAGACAGGCAGCGACCACCAUACUCAGCGGACAGGAAGUUUGAGGGGCGGCAACCAUACUCAGCGGACAGAAAGCCUGAGGGACGACAACCGUACUCGGCGGAUAGAAAGUUUGAGGGACGACAACGAGAUACAGAUUCUGCAGCAGGAUAUACUCAGCGGAGCCCUGUCAAGCGAUUUGGAUCUGACGCAGAUGCUAAUGAAUCAUCUGGUCCGUUCACCAUGGGCAGGGGCAAAGUCGAUACUUUCGUGAAAUCCGACGAAGAUUCUUCAACCAGCCGUACUCGAACAGUGAAGCCAGUUGACACCCGACUACCCAUUUCAGUUCCUUAUACAACCCCAGCCUCCGAAUUCCUUUACGGGACGUCCGUCGUGGAAGCUGCUUUGAAAUCGAGAAGAAUCCCGCGAAGACAGCAUUACAAGCUUUAUAUAUACACAGGCGAGAACCGUGAAGCAGUCGAUAGAGACGCCAACUUGGAACGGCUCGCAAGAAAGAAUCAGGUGGACAUUGUUAAAAUAAACGGUGAUGGUUUGCGUCUCAUGGACAAGAUGAGCGCAGGACGGCCUCACAAUGGUUACAUUCUCGAGGCAUCACCCCUCCCAAGACUCCCUGUCACAGGCCUAGGCGAAGUCACAACUAAGGAUGAGCAAACUGGGUUUGAGGUUGCGGUGGACUAUCAAUCACGAGAAGACGCCGCAGUCAACGGCACUUCCAACUUCGUCCGAAUUCCAAAAGACCGUCACGGUCGAAAACCAAUGGUCUUGUUUCUUGAUAGCAUUGUUGAUCCCGGGAAUCUUGGAGGUAUUAUUCGUACCGCGUCGUUCCUCGGCGUCAGUGCAGUAGCAAUUGCAACUCGAAACAGCGCGCCAUUCUCUCCCGUUGUUCUCAAAGCCUCUGCUGGGGCGUCAGAAAACAUGGCGCUAUUUUCUGUGAGCAAACCCGCUAGCUUCAUUCAAGAUUCUAGACUCGCAGGCUGGAAGACCUUUGCUGCUGUAGCUCCCUCCAAAAGCAACGAGUCGCAAGGAUCGGUGACUUCUAUGUCAACUGAUGACCUAUUUGACCCACUCUCGGAAGAUCCCUGUAUUCUCAUGCUUGGGGGGGAAGGCGAUGGGCUCCGCCAAAAUAUGCGAAGCAAGGCUGAUGUGGAGCUCUACAUUGCAGGCGGUGGUCGAAGCCACACUGUUGAUAGCUUGAAUGUGAGCGUAGCAACUGGGAUUCUUUGCAACGCUUUCCUCGCCAAGAGCAAAACGGGAAGCGUACUAUCAAAGGACCUGGAGGAAGCAAAAGAAAGUUCCCCCCACGAUUUCUUGUUCUAA